CGAGCGCCGAUGGUAGUGGGCCGUGGAGCGUGCGCUGGUGGCUGUUAGCUUUCGGUAGCCCCCAGUCGACCUUUAGAUCUGGAGCAAACAGGCAGCUCCUCCGUGCGCGCUGACAAUUGGCUGCUCCGGCGUCUACUGACGGAGCCGCGCGUUCACGUGGACACGCGCACAUGCUAUGGCGACGGUGUGCGCGCAGCAGCUGGAGCACAAAGUCCCAGGUUCGGUGCCUGACUUCACUCGGCGUGUUUGACCAUUAACGACGCGGUCGGAGACGAAGUUGGUCUUGCAAGGGCGUGCGAGCACGAGCCCACUUUCGCUGCAGGAGCACUGUGCGCGGGACGCAGCCAUGACUGAGAAGCGGGUGUCACGCUGGUACUUCGGCGGACUGGCGUCGUGUGGAGCCGCUUGCUGCACUCAUCCUCUGGAUCUGGUGAAGGUCCACCUGCAGACGCAGCAGGAGGUGAAGAUGAGGAUGGUGGGCAUGGCUGUCCAUGUGGUGAAGAAUGACGGAUUUCUGGCUCUUUACAAUGGACUGUCUGCUUCUCUUUGUAGACAGAUGUCUUACUCCUUGACCAGAUUUGCCAUCUAUGAGACCGUGCGGGACAUGAUGGGGAGCUCGAACCAGGGGCCGAUGCCCUUUUACCAAAAGGUCUUGCUCGGCACACUGGGAGGAGUCACGGGCGGAUUUGUCGGCACGCCUGCCGACUUGGUGAACGUAAGGAUGCAGAAUGACAUGAAACUCCCCCCUGAAUUACGGAGAAACUAUAAACAUGCAGUUGAUGGCCUGGUCAGAGUGUUCAGAGAAGAGGGCCUGCGGAGGCUCUUCUCUGGAGCCUCUAUGGCCUCCAGCAGAGGGGCCAUGGUCACCAUCGGUCAGUUGGCCUGCUACGACCAGGCGAAGCAGCUGGUGCUGGGAACAGGAAUGAUGGGAGACAACAUCUUCACACACUUCCUCUCCAGCUUCAUUGCUGGAGGCUGCGCCACCUUCUUGUGUCAGCCGCUGGAUGUGGUCAAGACUCGGCUGAUGAACUCAAAGGGAGAAUACACUGGCGUCCGGCACUGCUUAAGAGAAACCGCCAAGUUGGGCCCUCUGGCGUUUUAUAAGGGUCUGGUUCCAGCGGGGAUCCGCCUGAUUCCUCACACGGUUCUCACCUUCAUCUUCCUCGAACAGCUGAAAAAAUACUUUGGCAUUCGCGUGGUCUCCUGAUCGCUGUGACGCCAUCACGCCGGCUCUCGAUCAGGCUUUUUAAGACGGAAAAGGGAAGAGGAAAAGUAGCGUGCAGUUCCCCCACAUUUGUGCCUGUACUCCUUUUUGCUCUACCUCGACGUGACACCCAUGAUCUUAACUGAAUUUUCGCUUAGCAGCGCGACGGUGUUAAGAUUAUGUUUUAAGUAGCGGACUUGUCGAAUGAAAAUAGCAGAUCUCGUCUUGAGAAAAAUAAAUUCAUGUGUAAUAUUUGUAGGACGUAGAAAAACAUAAUCAGUGGAUUUGUAAUGAAUGAACGCCUAACUAUUGACUUGAACUCAUUUGGAACUGAAUCAUGAGAUUUUUUUAUUUUAAUUGUUGCAUGUCAUCCUGUGUCUGGGCGGCUUGUUUUCCCUCAGCAUUUUCCUUUUUUUUAUUGCAUUAUAUAUGCAUUCAAAUUGAUGCGGUGCGAGUACAAAACCUUCAUCCUACUUUUAAAAGAGCUGUUGCUGACACUGACACUUUUAUGAUGCGUCAUUCCUGUCGUUGACCAAAUGUGGCGUCACACAGUGAGGUGGAGGCCGAGCGCAUUCCUUUGAGGGAAGUUAUCAAGGAAGGUUUAUUAAAUACAUUAAAAAAAAAGGCCUUUUUUUUCAUUUUGAUCCCAGAGGAUUUUUUUUUUUCAAAACACUGAUAAAUUGUCAGAUUUUAAUAGUGUACUGUACUUACUGAGAUGGUUUUGCUCACAUUCCAACCCAAAACGUUUAGAGAGGCGGAGCUAGAAAACCCGGGUCACAUCUUUGGUGGGGUGCGUCGAGAAAGGGUUGACGAAAAUGAUUAUUAUUCUGCUUUUAACACUUGUAUUCGAGAAGAUCCGAGUAUUUGUCAACGUAUGACUGCUCAAUAAAUAGUAAGUAAAAAUAUAAAUAAAUAUAAAAAAUAAUUCCAAAAUAAUGAAAUGCAUUUGCAUCGCUAGUAGUGUUUAAAAACAAUAUACUCUCUGAAUAUUUUCCUUAAAAAAAUGCAGUUUUGCUCAGUGGCUUUCAUUUUGUUAUGCAGUUAUUUUAAAUGUGAACUAAUUGACAUUUUUAACAAUUUCUUUUAUCCUCAUUCCAUUCAUAUGCAUCUUCAGGAGAGGAGGACCAAGGUCUUCAUCAAACCAGUUAUUGAACAUCAGUCUUGGGUUCUCUUAAAACACCUCCUUCAACCGACACAGAUUAUGUUAAAGUUAUCUGCUCAUCCAUCCUCCCGACUCAGGAUGCUUGUUUGUGCUCACUCGGCACUUGACUCCACCGCUGCAAACCUGUUAACUUCUUCCAGUGUUUUCACGCGACCAAUGUUGUCCGCUCAGCUCAGCAACUGAAUGCCUUGAUGGAUCGCCUUGCCUUCUGCUGUCUGCCCGACAGGGGGCAGUAUCGCCAUGCAGUAGUUGACUCAUCCUCUCACUUGCGUUGUUUGACCUUUCACCAUAGAGGCGACAACCAAUUCCUGCGUCGAACGAGUCCUUCGAAAUGUGAACUUGAUCGGCAAUGUGCUCUUAACCCACAAAUUAUGAAAACACUUGUAACUGGAAAUAUCUUGUGUUGUUUUUAAAAAUAUAUUUUUAGAUUAUUUUGAAAUUAA